AUGAUUUUUGGGGGGAACGAGAUCAAUGGUGUAACUUUCUCGACAGCCAAAAAGACAAAGGUAUUAGUGACUCAUAGCAAGAGACUCUGGGAAGUCGUCGAAGAUGACAUCACCUUCAUGGAAGAAGACGCGGAUGGACUUCUCCUGCCACACAACGAUACCCUGAUAAUUUCUCUUAAUGUUCUAGAUUUCAAAAUUAAACGUGUCUUGGUUGACCCAGGAAGUUUAGCCAACAUGAUCCAGUGGAGAGUGUUGGAACAAGCCAAGCUAAUCGGAAGCAUCACUCUGACAAUAAAACUCCUUGCCGGAUUCAACUUAGCAAGUGUGACGACUCGGAGGGAGAUCUUGCUGCCUACGAAUGCCAAGGGGGUCUCGAAGACCAUCUUAUUUGAAGUGGUGGACGGCGACAUGGGCUACAAAAUAAUUCUCGGUAGACCAUGGUUAUAUUAG